AACUAGCUCAAACACCAUCAGCAUCAUCAUCAAAAACUUCAGAAGCCUUUACUCACAAAUUAAGUUAUGGAGAUGCAAAGCAACUGCGAUUUGGAACUUCGCCUUCUUCCUCCUUAUGAUUCAAGAAGCUCAGUAACUCCACAACCAAAGAAAGAAUCACAGAUAUUAACCAUUUUCUACAACGGGCACAUAUGUGUUUCUUCAGAUCUUACCCAUCUCCAGGCAAAAGCUAUACUAUCACUAGCGAGUAAAGAUAUGGAAGAGAGAUCAUUAUCAUUGGAAAGUUCAAACCGCUCUGAGCCUUCAAUAAUUCCAUACAAUUUGAACCAAAAUCAAAAGGUCUCCAUGAAGAGAUCUCUUCGUAGUUUUCUUCAGAAACGGAAUGUUCGGAUCCAAGCUUCAUGUCCAUACCACCGUUCUCGAUAACUUUGUUUAUUUGAUUUCAGCUGUUCUCAUUUUAGACAUUAAGUUAGCACAGUUUUUUGGUUUAUAUGGAUUGUCUUUCUUGUGUUCUCGACGGAUUAUAAAGACCCUUGGUUAGUUUAAGAGUUUUGAAGUUUCAGUUUUGCCAUAACUUAAUUGUGUACUAUGUAGAGAAUUAUUAUGUAAAAUUUAAACCACAUAAAACUGGGAAACAUCGAAAUGUUUUGUAUA